UGUGCCGGCGGCGGGAUGGGGGGUGGCGUGGGAAACAGUGUUUUGAAAUCGUCUUCCUCCUCCUCUUCUCUCCUGGCUCUCUUUUAGCGGGGCGGUGCAUGCCGAUCUCGUUUGGAAGGGAGAAAGCGGGCGGGCAGCCCGACUGACCGACCGACCCAGUCAAGUUGCGCAAGUUUCGUUAAGCAAAAGUGCACGCGGAGACGCGAUCGGAAAAGAAGACAAAAAAGUAAUAACGCAGAGAAGAGCGACAGAAGAAAGAACCGUGCUGAGUCGGUGACCACUCAUUUUUUUUUUUUUCACCGUGUUGCACGCAGUUACGUUUGGUUUCGUCUUCCCUUUCUUUUUUUUUUUGUCCCUUGGCCCGUUCAGUAUACACGGCGCGGGGGAAGUGCAGUUUAGUUUCGGCGCGGCUGACAUUACGCAAGUAAUGCAACUCCAUGGAUCUGUCGAAAGCGCUGGCCGAUUGAAGGGCGUAUAGCGCCAUACUCUGUUUAUUUUCGGGCCACCAAAUUGAUCCCUCCGUCUGUCGCGUCUUUACUGUUCUGAGCUGAGCGAGAACUAUCGACUCGGCGCAAAGUGCCCCAUAUACGCAGUUGCGCGCCGAACUCGAGCUUCAUAUAAGAGAAAUUCGGAGGAAAAGUAAUCGCGUAGGAAAAAUAAAGCAAGGAGGACUCUUGACUCGCCGAUUUCGUUGUUCGUCAUUGGUGUGUGUGUGUAUACGUCGACAAUUCCCUUUACGCAACUGCAAACCGACGACAAUCGAAAGAGCGCUGCUCUUCCAAAAUGCAUCUCUUUUGAAGUCGAUUUAAACGAGAACGUUCACUUGGCGUACCAGCUCUGACGAAACUGCACGUGGAGUAGUCUGUCGCAAGACUGUUCUUCCAAAGAAAGAAAGAAAGACAAGAAGAGAAACCAUCAAUGUUAUCGGCAGCAUUGAGGCGCAUCAAGUGAAUCUGCGGCGAACAAGGGGAUUGAGCAAACCGGCGACCUCUGGGAAGGAAAUUUCAGUAAAAUAUCGCUUCUCGGCGACCGGCGUGGAGCGCAAAUAGGAGGCACCGACGGAAUCGUCGGGCGCGUCACAAUACCGGCCCACUGCGAGAAAAGUGCACCGGGCUCGUAUGUCGUCAUCGUCAGGGAGAGUUCAUUCCCGAAGCAAAGCCUCCCUCGGAUCAAGCCUAUAGCUCGCGUCCACGUGCUCAAGGAUUGCACAAUCCGGGAGCGAAACAAGAACGGGCUAUCCCCAGAGACAAGCACGCAUUCCGAGCUCGAUACUAGAGACGCAACUCAAAGAAGCGAAGGUGUCCUCAUACGGCUAAUUAAUCGCUGAAUGGACCAUCAAUAGAGGGACUAUAUUUGUAUCAGCAACACUGAUAAGCUGCUCAUUAAUACUUUUAGCCGAGUGUUGCAUAUCACAGUGAUUUUCAAGCAGAACUUAAGUCUAAAUAGAGGUAAAUAUGAGCUAUAGCACUGCGGUUGAAGAGGACAAGAGAGUAAAAAAUAUAUGAUUAACGCCGCAUUAAAUGAUAGCUUAUGUUUACCGUAUAUUAUAUACUUCAUUCGAAAAAAGGGCUUUAACACUGAACAGACUUACGCUGUCGCAUUUCGCACACGCCGCACAAAAUUCGAUAGAAAGGCGUACGAUACUCUUUAAAAGUGCCCGCUGUAGGAAUAGAUGAUAACGGGAAACAAGGCCAAAAAAGAAGCUUUACAUAACGCGUUGCUUUAUCGACGUGGUGGCAACGAUGAAUUGCAGUCCAACAAGUUUGUGUUGAAAUACCCGAAACAUCCGAGAUCUUUCUUUUGUCUUCGCUAAAGGGUUCGCCUCUAUUUCACAUUGAGACAUGUUUUGCCAAAAUAGCACUGACAUAAACUGACAAUAUCUCGAUACAACCGUGUAUUGUAAAGGAAGAGCCACAGGUUAAUGACGUCUUUAUAGGGCCAAAAAUGAGUCGGCGAGGUAGCUAGCGUAUUAUCGUUUUAUAGUUUCGGUGUUGUUCGAAAGUGAACACGCGGCUAAGUAUAUUAUAAUGCAACAAGCUGAAACUUCGCUUGCCGUAAUUAUUAAAUAAGUCGACAAGUGAGUCAAGUUACUGAAAGAGACGCACAACGCCGGGUGCGCUCAAGUCUUUAAGCGGACGUUUCGAGUAUACUUUUAAAAAGGUGAAACAAAACAAUUCCAUUCGUUACUAAGCUUCAUUUCUUAACGCUUAGUUCAAGGCUUAAGAGCACACGACGCAAAAAGCUCGAUAUGUGUAGAGAUAAACGCACGCGUGUAUAUCAAGUUUUUAGACGCCGAAAGGAAAAGCGAGAAGGUGUGAAAUACUUAUGAAAAAGCAAGAUCCUAUUACUGAUACCUCAGUUAUCAGCCAAUAUAGAAGUAAAGUAAAUAUGCACAACAACAGACAUAGCGUCGAAAAUAGCAUUUAGCAGCCAUAUUUUGAGCAAAUGGACGCAGCCUCUAUGUACAGACACAUCACGAAGCCACGAAAUUCUGCGAAAACUUGUUCUCGCUAAGGAGAAGGAUUCGCAAAUCAAAUAUCUGACCGCAGACCCGCUUUUUCGUCGCUAAUGGCUUAAUGUUCACAAUCGAGCCAGUUUAGCGAAAAAGAAAUGCCACACCUGCUUCUCGACAUUCUUCAUGACACUUAGAUUUUUAGCCAGCACACUUAGACGAUCGAGGUGACCGAGUCUACAGUCAACCGAAACGCUUGGACUGCGGCGAAGAAGGAAAAAAAAUACGAAUAGUCGAAAGGACAGAUAAUACGGGUACACGUAUACUCUUAAACCCACGCCUAUUCAAUCAAACCAGCCACGUGGCGACUGCAAUGACCAGCGGAAGUUGAAAGCGAAAUCGGUCGUAAACGUCCUGUGGGGGACAUUAACGUGAACGGGGACAUCGGGCCAAAUCAGCUGGUUGAGGAGGGGCCUCUAAGACGAUGGGUUUAGGCGACGAAAGUUCCCGUUCGAAUCUGGCGGCAGCAUUCCGAGCCAUGUCCAAGCCGAAGACGCAGCUUCCGCCGCCGGCCGUGGUCAUCACGCUGGACACUGACCCGUUCACCGUGGAUGCCAGCCCGGCUACAACGCCCACCACUGCCACCACGCCCACACUCGCCAAGGGUCGCCAAUCCGUGCACAGAGAUUCUCUCCUGCCUGUUCGUGUCGACUCGACGACGUCGGGCGAUCCCAAGGUGAACGGUGUGUACAGCGCCACUGGCUCCGGCUCGAACUCGCCGCGGGUGCAGAUCUUUCCGAUGAGGUCACGCGAGAACUCCGUGGUCCAGGAUCAGUCGGGCACCGGAAGCAGCAUCGAUCUCUGCCUGGGCAUUUCAGGCGAUGGCCCAGCGGAUGGAGUGCCGCCGGGGACGAAGGCGGACAGGCGCUGUUGCAACGAGAACAGCCGCAAGGUGUCGCUGGGGCUCGUGAUGACGCUGCUCAUCGCCGCCUCGUGGGUCGGGGCGGCGCACAUGCUCAAGGCCACGUUCGCCGAGAGCAACAGCCCCGCCAACCAGAGGCUCACCAGGGAGGGUCGGCUCAACGUUACCGAGGUCACAUUUGACGCACCCUUCUUCACUACAUGGGUCUGCGCAAGUUUCAACACGUUCUUCUUUCCCAUCUUCUUAAUGGGGCGACUCUGCUCCCGAACAGAGAAGACAACUGCCAAGAAUGUGCUCAUCGAGACCCUGGCGCAGCUGCAGGAGAAGCAGUUCACUUUCUCCCAGUUCUUCUCCCGGUGCGGUCUCUUCUGCCUGCUCUGGGUGGUGACCAACUACGCACUGGUGCACUCCCUACGCAUCCUGGACACCACAGACGUGCUGGCGCUCUACGCCUCCAACGUCUCGUUCGUGUACCUCCUCUCCUGGGUCAUCCUACACGAGCAGUUCGUCGGGAUCAGGAUUGUGGCGGUGAUACUGUGCAAUACGGGUAUUGCGCUACUGGCAUACAUGGAUGGAGUCACGAGAACCAUGACGCUCGGCGGAGUGGUGCUCUCGGCAGCCGCGGCUGCCGGCUCCGGAGUGUACAAAGUGACGUUCAAGAAGCUCAUAGGCGACGUGUCGUUCGGUCAGCUGUCGCUGUUCUUCAGCCUUAUCGGCUUCCUGAACCUGCUGCUCAUGUGGCCAGUCUUGCUGGCGCUGUACCUGUUACGCUUCGAGACGAUCGUGUGGAGUCGCAUGCCCUGGGGAAUGCUCGCCGGUGCAGGCGCACUUUCGUUACUAUCAAAUUUGCUGGGGAAUUUCGGCAUCAUCUGGACUUUUGAAAUAUUCCUCACAUUAGGACUUGCGUUUGCAGUGCCAAUUUCUGCGAUCGUAGACGUGUACAUCUACGAGGUGAUGUUCGAGGGCAUGAAGCUGGCCGGAAUCUUGCUCAUCCUGAUCGGCUUUAUGCUGGUGCUGCUGCCGGAGGACUGGCCCGACUACCUGACCAUGAUUCUGCGCUACCGACGGACCAGCCGCCGGCGCCGAACAGUCGCGAAGAAGCCCACGCCCCAGGACGCCACCACGGGACACCGCUCCCGCCUGAGGACGCCGUCCGGUCGCAUCAAGUAGCGCUUGGACGGGUUUGAGCUCGGGGACCUGCUCAGAGUUCAAAUCCAGAACAAACGGCUAGAGCAGACGGCGCACUUCAGCGUCGACAUGGCCAGUACGGUGUACGGCGGCCAGAGAACUCCGGACAGCGAAGCGCACGAGUACAUAUUCUAAUGAGGCAGUGAGUGGUGCGCGCUAUCGCAGAGUUACCUCCCUUUGAAAGCAACCACGUUGAUGCUGCGCACAGUGCGACGGUGCUGUCGUUCGCGCUGUCUCGGACAAGUUGUGUGCAGAACUCGUAUCGGCAGUGUGUCAUGCUGACGAAGAAUCGUGGGGCUGUUGUUACUGCCACUCAACGUUGCUCGAGAGAUGUUUCGGCUACAUUGCAGUGAAGACCAUGCUGUGUUGAUGCGCGUAAAGGUGCGCGCAAACUUCGGCUGAAAAUUGGGGAGAAGGACGCCGAAGUUGGACUUGUUUGUUUGCAGGGAUAAUGGUACGAGAAGAGCGUGUUGGUGGAACGUUAGCGUUGGAUAGUCGAGCGUUUCUUGUUAGAUUAUUACUGCGAGAGUCUAGGAGGCAGUUGUUCAGCGCACGCGGUGACGCUGACGUUUCGGUGACUUUCCUUUUUUUUUCUCGUUCAGCGUAAUGCGACGCUCAAGUCUGUAAGUUCACAGUGAAGUGUGUUUCCAUGAGCACUAACAACUUGCACUUGUUUGAUAACCAAGGAAGAGCUGCAAUAAUGUGCGUGUCACGUUGAUGUCACAAAAGCAUCCACAUCUGAGUCAAUGCAA